AUGACAUCCACAACCGCGAUCGUAGCUCGCCAGCCAAAGGAGCUGAUGAAGCCCAACUGGUCGCUCGAACAAGUCAACAUUACAGCCCCAGGCGACGAUGAAAUCCUCGUAGAGGUACACGCCGCCGGAAUCUGCCACACAGACAUCCUACUCUCUUCCGUCCCUGCCGGUACAUUCCAUGUUCAGUAUCCCAAAGUCGUUGGCCAUGAAGGUGCCGGCAUCGCUCGCGCAGUCGGUAAAAACGUCCAGUCCGUCAGCCCAGGAGAUCCCGUACUGCUAUCAUUCAGUUCCUGCGCAUCAUGCAUUCAAUGUCAGGAUUCCCACCCCGCAUACUGCGAUACGUUCGCGCAGCGGAAUUACCUCGGGGCGCAAAAAACCAUGACCAUGAGCUCUGAUUCCGAAGACCAGAAAGUCUGGUCACAAUUCUUUGGACAGUCCAGUUUUGCGAAGCAUAGCAUCGUCCACAAGUCCUCCGUGGUGAACGCGAAAGACCUCAUCCAGGAUCUGGACGAGCUGAAGCUGUUCGCGCCGCUGGGUUGUGGCUUGCAGACUGGCAUGGGUGCUAUUCAGAAUAUUGCAAAUGCUGGUCCGGGGGAUGUUGUUUUGAUUACGGGUCUGGGGGCUGUUGGAAUGGGUUCUCUAAUGACUGCUGCAAUCGUUGGCUGCAAGACUAUUAUCGCGGUUGACCGAGUGCAGUCUCGGAUCGAUCUUGCGAAGCAACUCGGCGCCACUCACACGAUUGAUACCAGCGAGCCGGGUUUCACGACUUUGGAUGUAGCAACUUGGAACAUUGUACCUCCCGGUGUAUCGAUUGCCAUUGAUACCACCGGCGUGCCUAGCAUUAUUGAGCAAAGUCUCCAGGCUACUCGUGCUCGGGGGAAGAUGGUACUCGUUGGCGUGCCGUCGCCAGCUUAUAAGUUGGGUAUCCACGCUAGCGCGCAUAUCAAUUCUGGGCGUGCUGUUUUCGGAUGUAUUGAAGGCGAUUGCGACCCCCAGAUUGCAAUCCCACAACUUAUCAAGUGGUAUCGAGAAGGCAAAUUCCCUAUUGAUCUCUUUGUUCAGUAUUUCCAUGCACCGGAUUAUGAAAGCGCCAUUCAUGGCCUUAAGACAGGAGAGGUCAUUAAGCCGGUUCUGGUUUGGAAGCACUAA